AUAGAUGAUAUGAUUGAGUUGUGAUGCAAAUGUUAAGUAUAUCGUAGCUACAUUAUAGCUAAACUUAGAACUGUUUCUGAUCCAUUCAAUGGAAAGGGGAAAUCUAUUCCGCAGUAAGAAUAAUCAUGUUGAACACUACCAUAAAGAAGAACACCAUGUUAAUGAAAAGGUACCUAAUCACAAUAAGAUCUUGACAUCUCUAAUUUCUGGUGCUGUUGCAGGGGCUGUUGCCAAAACAACUAUAGCUCCUCUUGAUAGAGCCAAGAUCAAUUUUCAAAUCAAAGAUACACCAUAUACUUUUAAAGGCCUGAUCAAUUUUCUAAAAGAUACUGUUAUAAGAGAAAAAUGGCAUACAUUAUGGAGGGGGAAUUCAGCCACUAUGGCUAGAAUUGUGCCUUAUGCAGCUGUACAAUAUGCAUCACAUGAACAGUUUAAAAAUAUACUAAAUAAAGAAAAUAAAAAACAUCUACCUCCAUUUAGAAGAGUAUUGGCAGGAUCUCUGGCAGGAAUCACAUCAGUAACUUUAACAUAUCCUCUAGAUUUAGUACGAGCUAGAAUGGCUGUUACAGCUAAAGAUAGAUAUCAUCAUAUAUCUGAAGUUGUAUUUAAAAUCUGGAAAGAAGAAGGUAUUCUUAUAUUAUAUCGAGGUUUUACACCAACUAUAUUAGGUGUUAUACCUUACUCAGGAAUUAGUUUCUUUACCUAUGAAACUUGUAAAAAGAAACAUGCAGAUUGGACCAAAGGGUCUGAUUUGCCUCCAUAUUGGAGAUUAUUAUUCGGUGCUUUAGCUGGACUAUUUGGUCAAUCAGCAUCUUAUCCAUUAGAUAUUGUACGUAGAAGAAUGCAGACUGCUGGUGUUACAGGUCAUAGUCAUGAUUAUACUGGUAUCUUAUCUACUCUCAAAAAUGUGAUACAUGAAGAAGGUUUUCGGCAGGGAUUGUAUAAAGGGUUAAGUUUAAAUUGGAUUAAAGGACCAAUAGCUGUUGGUGUCAGCUUUACAACAUUUGAUAUUACUAACCAUUGGAUAAGGAAAUGGCCUGUCUUACAAUAUGAUGAUAAAACAUAA